CUAGAUGCCUGUGAGUUUGAAAUCCCCAAGCGCUAUGAUCCUGAUGAACGACGUGACUCAAACCAUUCCAAUAACAAGAUUGCCAUCAAAGAAAUAGACGCUGCCAUUUAUUCUAAUCCAGACAUCAUUGACGACUUGGCCAUUCCAGCUCCCGAGCCCCCCCCCCUGGGGUCACUGAUGUUCGAGGUUCGUUAUGAAAAAUACGAAGAACAGUUGAAUGUCCAUUUGAUAGGCGCACAAAGGCUGCCGGUCAGGCACUUGGUAACCGAGCCAGGCAAUGCUUCGCAUGGUGGGAUCAUAAAAUGUGAUCCGAUGGUAGAAGUCUGUUUACUGCCUGAGGAAAAGCCAGUUGUAGAGAGCUACACCCAGUUUGGGAUUCAGGAUCCAAAGUUUGAUGAACAUUUUGCGUUUAAGCUCUCUUCCUCUCAAUUGAACAACAAAACUUUGAGGUUUACUGUUUAUGACCAUAAAAGGCGACACAAACUAACGCCGAUAGGUCACGUGUUGUACUCUUUAAAAGGACUGGGAAAAGCUGGGGCCCUAGAAGAAAAGAUCAUCGAAAGAAAUCUGAAGCUCAACUCACAGGUAAAAUUAAAAGCCACGAUGAAAUUUCGGUUGUCUCAGUUGUUGUAGUUACUGUUUACCUUUGUCAUCGCUAUCCCAAUCCCGCGCCUGUGCCCAAAUUUCGGCGAAUCCCACUUCCCGGGUAGCGAUCAAAUUCCGUAUCCCGUUAACCUCUUCCGAAUCCCACACUGUAUUUUGGUCAAAUCCCGGAUCCCGGGAGCUCCCAACAUAAACUGCGGCACCGUUGUUUUCAUCUUUGAUUUCCGCCGGCUUUCAGAGUCAGUCUUCUGUACUACUACCACUACUACUGCUGCUACUCUACUACUACUACUACUACUACUACUACUACUACUACUACUACCACUACCACUACCACUACCACUACCACUACCACUACCACUACCACUACCACUACCACUACCACUACCACUACCACUACCACUACCACUACCACUACCACUAUCACUGCCACUGCCACUGCCACUGCCACUGCCACUGCCACUACCACUACCACUACCACUACCACUGUCACUGCCACUGCCACUGCCACUGCCACUGCCACUGCCGCUGCCGCUGCCGCUGCUGCUGCUGCUGCUGCUACUGCUACUGCUACGACGACGACGACGACGACAACUACGACGACUAAUAAUAAUAAUAAUAAUAAUAAUAAAUUUAUCUCAGCUGGCCGAGCGGGCAAACCAGUUGGCUUUUUACAAGCGUGGUCGAGGAUUUGUACUCGCGACCUCCGUUUUCUGAAUUGCAAGUCCUGCGUUCCAAUCGCUCAGCCACGCUGUCUCCUCUAACUUUGCUCACACUUGCUAUAAGAAUGCUUAAUUAAUUUGUUUUCCCAGUUUCUGUUCUUCACAACUCUGCUUACACUUACUCAGCAUGGUUUUUGUUUUCUCUUCCUUAGCCUUACGGUCACACACGUGGUGAGAUACUAGUGUCGCUAAACUACAACCCAGGAUUUAACACCAUCACAAUAGGAAUCGCCAAAGCUAAAGAUCUCUUGAACUUUGAUGGCCAAACAUGUAGAGGUUAGUGAUCGUUUUAUGACCGUCUAUUUCACCAAAAGAAAGAUGUACUGAGAAAAAUAUAGAUUUUCAGUUAGUCGAGCAGAAAUACCGGAACUGCUUGAAUAAAAGACAUACAGUAUAGCGGGAGAAGUACUCAACAUGUAAACAACUGUCCUUCUUGACUGAACAGUAAUUUAUUUAUUUACACUUUAUGUCCAUUAACUUGAAAAUUCAUCAUUGCCGAAAAUUCAUUUCCAUGGGCUGAAUUCACUUUUAUCAGUCACUGCGUCAACACCAGGGUCGAUUGAUCCUCCCCCAAUAACAACGAUUAAGUUUUUGAGCUCUAGUUUUCCCUUUAAAGUUCUCAUGUUUAAAUUCAAAACUGUAAAUUGACAUCAAAACAGUUUUUAAAAUACUUUUCGCUCGUUUUCACAAUGAUGUGCAUUUCAAAAUCUAGACUCUUGAAAAUGUCAUUUUUUGCAGAAUACUUCGUGAAAGUCACAGAAGUUUGCUCAGGAAAUAAAGUCAAAACAAAACGUUCACCUGCAACAGACGGUGAAAGAAACCCACUCUUCAACACUACACUCUCUUUCCAAGUCUCUCUUCAACAGCUCAGACACACGAGCCUGGUGCUGACCCUCGUCGGUCGUGGAAAAAUGAGGAGUAAGAAUACCGUAGGCCGCGCUAUCCUGGGACCCAGUAUCUAUGAGUCUGAUAGCGAAAGAAACCACUGGGGUCGAAUGAUUAUGUCACCUAUGAAAACUGUUGAGCAGUGGCAUGCGUUAUAUUUAUAAUUAUGGGUUCGGAUUAUUCGUGAACAUUUCACUCUCUUUCUUGCGUUUACAUCACACUGGCCAGGAACCCACUGACAACCAGGAGCGGACAACUCCCUUGUUCCUAAGCAACGGCGUUUUCACAGACCAGUUUAGCUUUAGAAAGAUUUUCCCGCGAAUUUUCCAUAUUCGUAUACGGAACGGUGUUUUCAUUCUCGCGGGAAAAAGUGCUCAAAAAUUAUGCUAAAAAUAACUUCAUCUGUGAAAACGCCGUUGCAUAGAUAAAGGAUGGGAGUUGCACGCUCGGGUUUAUGGGUUCCUGACACUGGCUUAUUUCAUUAUCAAGCCUUUCUUUGGGAUCACAGACAACUCUGUCUUGACGGACCCUUCCUUUCUUUACUCCCUUUAUUUGACUCCCUAUAAGGAGGACAUCUGUCUAAGACGGGCUCUUACAGCCAGUCCCAAAGGUUUCAAAGGUGUUCGUCUUAGAGAGAGAGUCGACAGCAUAACAUGCGAAGUUUAACAAUGAAAAAAAAAAAGCAGGGGCGUAGCCAGCCCAUAGACCUGUAGGUCCUGGCCUACAAAUUUUUGGUUUGAUCACUCUACCGCUUGGAAUAAAUUAUGCGUUGUUGGGGUGAGCGAAAAAGCUUAAGAGCUCAAAGUAUUGGUGAGGUCAGUACGUACUAGUCACGUGUGCAGUUUUCAGGAAAUGUGGAAAUGAAAGUCAGCCAGGCCUACAACUAGUCGAAAAGCUGGCUACGCCCCUGAUAAAAAGAAAUUAGAAAAAAAGAAUUAAAAAGAAUUAGUCAUUACAAAGGUUGCGUUUGAGAUAGGGCUGCGUUGAAUUGACUAUCUUCGGGGAUGAAUUUGAAAAACCUCGAAAUUGCCAAUCAAAGAAGUGAUAGGGCUAUAAAACAGUCUCAUACAUGUACGGGGGGGGAUCUAGGGGGAGGGUGCAGGGGGUGCGCACCCCCCCACACACACACCCCCUGAGAUGACGUGCGGUUUUCUAAUACAACUGGUAUUCUGCCCAAAAAAAAACUAUGUGGUUUAUUGGUGUUGAAGUAGAGCAAGAGACGAGUGUACCCCCACCUAAAAAAAUCCUGGGUCCGCCCCUGAUGUAUGCAAAUGGCACAACACUGACCUACAGGCGGCUUGUACAUGUACUCAUUUCCUGAAGACUGAAGGAGUCAUGACUAGGGUAUCGACUGAUCAUGAUAUGAUUAGAAAGACUUUUUAACUGCAAUUUCUUUCUUUUGAACUGCGAUUUCAAAUAGUGGAUGAAAAAUUGCAUUCUCUGCAGAUCGAUGCGGACUGAAAUACGAGUUAUAAGCAAAAUUCAUCCCACAUUACAACAGGCACGUUUUUUCAGCUCACGAGUUUCUUCGAAAUGAUAUGUUCAAAAAUGCAUUAAAUAUCUUCUCUAAUUUUGUCACUGCAACAUCUAGCCAAAAAUACAGACUGAUUACGGAGAGUUUAGGUUUUCGGUUAGGCUAGAAAGUUGAGGUCAGGAGUGCUGGGGGACUUUAUUUGAUAUCAGUAAAACUAUCAACUCUCUUCUCCCGCCCCAAAAAAUGUUGAAUUUUUAGCAAGAUGGAUACGUAGAAGGGAUUUGCUAGCACAGAUUGCAUGGUCAAGUUAUGUAAACCGAAGUCGAGUCAAUGUUUACUAUUACAAUUACAUUCAGAGAGAAGAGACGCAUGUGAAGAGAUUUCCUGGAGCAGCUCAAGUUUCUUUUGACCUCCACUAUAGCCUGCCUCUGUAUGAACGCAUUACCAUUUUACCAAGGAAAAAGGGGGAAUCUCAUUGACAGGGCUUUUAUAACGGUUGCUCAUUUAAUACUUAGGGACCAGUUUAUACCAAAAAUGGAAAAAAUGUACAUCAUUGAUAUGAAAUCUUAUUUCAACGAUAAAUGCCAUUUUCACUAAAAUGGAAAUUGUACAUAUUCUAAAAAACACAAAUACAUGUUAUUUUUAUCAUUUAGUUUUGUUUUAUCUUUUAGUUUCCACGAAAUUGUGAAAUACAAAUGGGUGAGGUCGUGAGGGUUGAUGGUGGUCGGGUUGAGGCUUGGAAAGUAGUUUUAUUAUUAUUAUUAUUUAUUAUUUAUUUUUUUUAGCCUUUACAUUCACUGUGGAGUUUCAAGUAUGUUAUUGCAUAGCCUACUAAGAUAAAUAAGUUUAAUCCUCAUCUCCAUUAUCACUGCUGGGCCUUAGCUAUAAUAAGACGAACCAAUUAACUUGUAUGUGCCGAAGAGGCUGUGGAUUUUUUUUUUAAAGUAGCUAUGAAAGAAAGUGCUAAAUUUUUGUUUCCUGAUCAUCUAAUGUUGCCUUGGUAGGUAUUUUGGUCUGACUAGGCCUUGCUUGAGUGGCUGCAUGUUUUUGCUGGCUAGCAGGGCUCCAUUUAAGUUUUAAAUCAACGGUGACGCUUUGCUAAGAGAGAAAGCUUCAGCAACUUCGACGGUGAUGACAGCGAAAACGUCAUUUUAAAAGAGAAUUCUUGUUGUUUUAAUCUUCAACGCUGUUAUUCACCUCAGUCUUUCAUCCAAGUUUAAACAAAAAAAACGAGAGAAUGAAAAAAUGAAAAAAUCGUCGUCUUGUAUUUAGGUCCUAAGCGAAACUUGAAAGUUGGAAGUUGAGUUUGGAAGUCGUGAGUGUGUAGUAACCACAAGGAAAUGUACCAAAAUGAAUGAUACACUUACUGAGUUGUUGUUUUGCUUAUGAAACCUCUCGCUUUUUGACGUUUACGUUCUCUUGCCUUCGGCGUUUAGGAACCUCACUUUUAUUCAUGUAUGUAUUAUAUGUCUGAAUAUUAUGAGAGCGUACUUAUCAAUGUGUCAGUGUAAUCGAAAAAAAUUAUAAUAAAGAAGGCAACACAAAUAGCUGCUUUUCACGUUAAAUAUGUAUUGAGAGGUAUCUGCAAAAUCAAAAAUUUAACGGUGAGAGAACACUAUUGGUCGACUCGGACAUGCGCGGAAACUUCAUCCUUAAACUAGAAUCUUCCCUAUUAGUAUAUACUAAAACAGUGGAUAGUGUUUUUCUCGCGCUCUGAUUGGCUACUCAAUCAGUGAAUAUCCUGCACUAUUCACUGAUUCACCUCCAGUUCCUCGGAGCGAGCGACGGCAAACUUGCGUAAGUUGCAAGCAAAAUGCCUUCCCGGUUUGCUGCCGUAAACAAACAAAGAAAUUUCACAACUAAUCAAGCCAGCUGUUUCCGAAAUACACGAAGAAGGUGACAAAGUUCGGAUUGGAAAUUUUAACAGGUAAAGCUUUGUCUUUUUGACACGAAUUUAUCGAUAAAACCGGUGAAAAAGUUUUUUGUUUACAAAUGCAAAUUAAGCUGAAGUCUUGCUUACUUUAUUUAGUUGAGUUGUUCAUAAAUAAGCUUAAAACUAAAUUUAAUAAUCUUUUUUUAUAGAAUGAUUUUAAAUACAAAAAGAAUUCACAACUCAUUUUGAAGAAAUUUCCCCGCAAGAGCUAAACAAAUGCCUUCAAAAGUUUUAGUUGUCGGCAAGAAAAAGCGACGGCCGCGGCCGCGGUCAUUACGCGCCAAAAUUGUAAUCGUUGGCAACAGUAUUUGAUCAGUUAAAAAUCGUCAUUUUUGUGCUCAAUUAUCUCACUGUUUUAGUAUAUACUAAAACAAUUAUUCACCUCAGUGUCGGUGGCUAGUCGUGGAUAUUUACCUCACUGCUUCGCAGUUCGGUAAAUAUCCAGGACUAGCCACCUCCACUUCGGUGAAUAAUUGUUAUUUAUUCUUCAAGAUGCAGUGGGCAAAAAUUGCUAAUGUCUCUGGGUUCAAAUUAUUUCCCUGAAAUAUUGACUUUAAGUAACGGUACCCGAAACGGUGGGGCUUUAUUAGAGAGUUUAAGAUUCAAAUUUUAGACAGAUAAAACUUCCAUUUCUAACACGUGACGAAGUUUCCCCUCUAAGGUAAGGACAGUUCAAGUUUUAUCUGCUCAUUUCCAGAUGUAUAAGAGAAAUUGUCAACUUGAACUUGCCGUUUGCUGCAUUUGCCGUAAACGUGAGUCUAAGAGUCUCUAUUAAUUAACGAUUGGAUCGUGAGGCAGCGUAUGUCGAGAUCAAUGAAGCACGCGGGAAGUUUGAAGAAAACGAAAGAGGUGUAAGAGUUGCUCGAGGUUGCAGCCGAGAGUAGCUUUAGCCUCUUGAGAUUAUUCUCUCCUGCGGAUACCAUGCUCCGCGUAAUAGCCAUGCAAGGUCAACCUUAGAUUUUUUAUCUGAUUCUCUAGCAUCCUAUACAUUUUAAUAACGCCGUUACGUUUGCGUAUCAGUGUUAAGGCACAUAGUGAGACAGAAGAACGGCCACACAGUUUCCGACCUGUUGUUAUUUAAUUUCAGCAGAAGUUUCACUAACGAAGAACAAGUGAGCCACUUUUACAGUGCUACCGCUAAUGUAGACUGUUCACAGUCCCCUAUUUUUACGUGAGAUCGUUUCGAUAUACCGCGUCUUACCGUCACGGCUUUCUCGAUUUUCAAAUGUACCGAGGGGGUGGACGUUGGGGAUUAUAGCUCUAGGCGGGGGGGGGGGGGGAAAACCCCCCCCCAAACCCCCCCCCCCCCCUAUUAGUUUUAAAACCUUUGAAUUUGGGAACCCCAAACGCCAAAUCCGCUGCUCUCGAGAAUUUUAGGGAAAAAUAGAGGAAUGCGAACAAUCUCCCGCUAAUGUCAGGAAAAUCUUAAAUUUUUAUUUGACAGCUGCACACGUUAUUGUUUCUUUUCCGUCCCCUUUUUUUUACGGUGAGUCCCUUUAGUCACCCCCCGCCUUCCUGCCAGGGUUUUGUUUUUUUCCAAGUGUCGGGGGGGGGUGGGUGGGGGGGUUGAUGGCCGGGGGGGGGGGGGGGGGGCAAACCUCCUCCCAAACCGCCCCCUCCCCCUAGUAGUUUUGACACUCAUGGAUGAUGGCAGCCCGUAACGCAAAUCGCUCGAUCUUGAUGAUCUUAAGGAAAAAUAGAGGACUGCGAACAGUCUACCGCUAAUGUCAAGGAAAUCUUGAAUUAUUUCCGCUCUAAAAUGUCGUUAACAUUACUUGGUCUCCACGGGAUGAUUAAAAAAAAAAACACUGGAGCCAAACACAGCGGGUUCGCAUUUUUACUAACAAGCAAACAUCAUGAAAAUUUCCUUGACUUCUUAUUGGCUGAUUAAACGCAUUUGUCGUGCAAUAAAUACGACUGUCAAGCUGUCAUAUUCUCUUAUUAAAGAUGAAACGUUCACCAGAAAAGGUUUUCUUCUGCCUCUAAAGAGGUAAGUUAAAGGCUUGUAGAAUACCGUCUAAUUACGUAAGCCAAGUUAAAAUUGAGUCUACUUACAGACUGGGAUAUCACAUUUAGGACCUUGCUUUAGCAUUUUCACGGAAGUCAGUUUUAGCGACAUUUAGUCUUUAUUGACAUAGAGCGCUUUAUCGCACGAAAAAAGAGAUGUGGAGAAUCAUAUUCUCUUAACAGCACGAGUAAGGUAAAAAAAAACAUGUGUAAUUUGCUAUGCUAAGAACCACGUACAGAUAGGCAAGAGUUAACCACAGCAAGAGUGAAGUCCACUUCAUAAACCCUUUAUUAGAAUUGUCGUCACUGUGAAAUGUUGCGCUAAAGAAAUAUGAAUUAAACCCUUUGGUGACGGCCAGAAAGUAGCGAAAAAAAACCGCGUUUUUCACCAAUUCCUUUUUCUUGGUCUGGUUCUCGGCUUAUUAGCAUGGGUAUGGCUUAAAAUGAGUUUUGCAAAAAUAAGGGCAUAUCUUCCAACUAAUCGGAUGUAAUUAAGCAGCGUUUUUUUUGUUUUUCACGCAUGCUCAUAAGCCAAUAUUUGGAAUUUCUCUUUUAUUUAUUUACUUUUUUUUGCGAAUCUACUCGAUCUUUCUUUCUCGCUCUCUUUUUCUCCUUUGCCUUUCCUUUUUAUAUGCUUCAGUUGUUACCCGCUUUAUCGUCUUAGUCUUUUGCAUGGAAUUGUGGCUUGCUAACUUUUUAGGAAAGGAGCAAAUUUAAACUGCAAAGAGUAGUAGGUAAACAGCAAAAUUACUAAUGGAUUUUUCCCCAAAAUAUUACUUGGUUAUUUGUAUGUAACCCUGUCAGGAUUGAUCAGAAUAUCCAAAACGAAGUAUUGGUGGAAAGAUCUAUCUUUGCUGACGUCCUUGCUUACCAGCUUAUUAGCUCGAACUGAAAGCUAAAUGGGUCCAGGAGGGAAAAUAUGCAUCGUCCCAUGUAGAAUGAAAACGACCAAAGGGUAAAUUUGUCUGAAGAAAGUUCAAGAAAUCCCCUGUAGGCCAAACGUUUAUGGUUGCUUUUGUUGCUAUAACAACCAACAAGAGUUAACCAGCGAAAGGGAGGUCCACUUCAUUAUCCUUGAAGUAGAAUUGUCGUCAGUGUGAAUUUGUUGCCGUUAAAGAAAUAUACAUGUAAUUUGCCUGAAUCAAAUUCAAUAAAACCCCUGAAUGGGCUAAAAUCACUGUGAUAUGCUUUUUCAGUUGCUACUACAACAACCCUGCAGGAAUCGAAGUAACUUGCUACAUUCUCACCAAACUCCCCACUUACCUCGCCUCUGCUUCGCGCUUCUGUGCGUUUUCUUGUUUUCACAUAUGACACAUGUCGCUCGCCGCUAUAAAAUAUUCGCUUAUUGCGACUUUUACGAGUGAUGAGAAGUUUUCUUUGCUAGCUGGCUUAACAAGAAACAAUCAUUGGCAGUAUUCUUAAAGGUUUCGUCUCGACUAAAAUUGAGAUCCGAUAUUAGGUUUCAAGAUGUUCUUUUACGGAUAAGGAAACACAUAUAGACGUUUUUAAAACGAUUAUGCACCAGUUAAGAAAAAGAUAUAUUUACGUUUCAAAAUUCUAAACUUAGAAAAUAUAUUCACCAUUCUAAUUCUUUACGGCGUAAAUUUGAAGAAGAUAAGGACGUGCAAUACUGCUAAUCUUUUUUCUAAGAAAGUAAAAAUAAUUCUGAUUGUCGAAAUUAAAGAACUUGAUUUAAAUCUGGGGCAAGUUUAAGACCAAAAAAAGAGUGCAAGAGUCCCUCUGCCGGUGCAAAGAAUGAACUUAAUGCGAACAGUUCGACAGUAUUUCGGCAGCGUUUUAACUUUUACACUAUAAAGCAAAAUUUUAUUAACUUCUGAAACAUAUUUUAACCAAAUAGGAGUUUAAUUUGACAAGCAGUUGGAAAUGAGAAAACUGUUGAUUAAAAGAUAGUAAGUUUUAUGAACUGAUCGAAUAAAUAUUCAAUGAGAGUUGAACCAGCUGCAACGUGGACACUGAGAGAAAUUUAAAUUGCAGAUUGGUUUGAAUGUAAUUAUAUGCCUAACAAUCGAUUCACUGAGAGCCUUUUUUAUUAUCCGAGACAUCGAGCCAAGCGUGUCAUAACUUGAACGUAAACCGCUCCAUGUUAACUAGGAAAGAUUUUCUCGACCCUUCUCACAAGAAUGGUGAGAAGAUUCUAUGAGAAUCGAAACCUUUCUGAUAACUCAACCACCUUUGAUACGGCUUCUGAAACACACCGCUCUCCGAGAGCUAAAUGUAAGUAUUAAUUCUUUACGACCGUAUACAUUAUACAAAGUGAAUUAUGUUUUUCUUCCUGAUACCUAAGUUAUGUCUACCAUUGCGGAGAUUAAGUGAUAAAAAUACCGCCAAGAGUUAGACUAAAAGACUCCGACAGCUAGUUUAUGCUGGGCCACGGCACGAAACAAACGCAUAUAUACAGUCUCCCCAAAUAUAAUUUAUUACAAAUUUAAGACAAACUUUUCGGCUCUAAAUUCGGCGAGAUUCCCCAUUUAUUUACUUCGAUAUUUUAUGGUCUACCUAAAAGCAGCCUCGAGCAUGACAAAAAUUUUCAUCCGCCUUCUUUCAGAUUCACAAGUAAAAAGACAAACGAAGAGAACUCUCCUCAUUUUCGCUGGAUUUGCUUCACACUUUUUUCCUUUACUUUUGCUUUCCCUCAGCUGAUGGAGAACGUUUAAAUAAAAAAUAUCGUAAUUUAUUCACCAGUAGGAGAAAAUAAAUAUGACAGUUUUCAGUUACUAUCAGCUUUUUAUAACUUCUCAAUCGCUCGCUUAGUUUAUACCAGUUUAUAGCUGGGUGAAAAAAUAUCGAUAAAUAUAUACUCUAGAUAUUUAACGUAUGCUCAAUCAAAUCUUCAGAAGGUAAUUCUAGGUUAAGUAAAAAAUAUGUAACAAUUCAACUUUUAUAAAAUGAAUUUGUCGUGAAUGAAGUUCAAAUCUUUUUGUGAUUAAUUACACUCCACCAUAGACUAAGUUAUAAACAAUUCAAUUAUUCGCCAAGAGUUUAUCUGCCGACGGAGAAGAAAAAUGAAUCUUUCAUAUAUGCACUUUUAGGACCUAACUGAGGAUGAAUUAAUCAACCCGACUUGAGUUUAAUUCGAAUAAAGUAGCGUGGAUGUGAAUUUGGAAGUCAAAUUAAGUUACAUUUGCUUUCGCUGUUUGUCUCAGUGAUUUAUGACAAAUACACGGGACUUUUCUAAAAGCUGUUUUUCUUUUUCUUUCGUUAACUACAAUUGAGACAAAACAUCUAAUUAUACAACCAUCGCUUGACGUUUUCAGCAGUCAAAAUGUCUUGAAAAAUAGUUAAUCAUUCCUUUUAGCACUAGUAUAUUUACUUUCCAUUUUCGCGUCGUUUGGCCAGAAGUCACGAUAAUCGGUCAUUUAUUGCAAGCCUCUAAACGGCAUUUAAUAAUAUACUAUCCUUCAUAACGUUUGCUGUGAAAUAGAUAAUUUAGAACUCUCAUCUAUUUCUUCUUCUUCAUUUUUCCUUUAUUUUUUCUUUUUCGGAGACACAUUAGAAACUAAACCCGAUCUCUCGAAAUCAAAUCCCCCAGCUUCCGUUCACCACUCAGUCGGUCAAUCACAGUAAGGCAAGAGAGGAUAUUUUAAAAGCUUUACCCCCGAUAUUUGCUUUUCUUAAGGUGGUUGAAAAAAUCAGGUCGGAAAACAUGCAUCGAAAUCCACUCAGUCCAUGUACACUCUUAAUUCUAGGCCGCUUUAAUUACUAAAGCCAGUAUUACUCCAGCAAAACUCUCUAAAAGAAAUACAAAGGAAACUGGAACAGACAUACUAAUAAUUCUGUUUUAAUUCGACUGGCGGGCUUUUAGUACAACAGCUAUACUUCUAUUUCUCGAUUUAGUUGCUUUUGAAAUUUAUUGAGUUUUUUUUAACAUUUUAAAAUGCAAUUUUUUUCCUCACUGUCGAUUCAACUUCUACGUUUUGUAGCCGGCUGGGAAGUGCAGAUGUAAUCUUAUUAAGACUUCUAAAGUAUGGUGAUGUUUAACCAACGUUAGAGAAAGAGUAGAAGAAAAGGGUAAAACAAGACUGAAAAAACAUACCAUAUGGUGCACGCAUACAAACACACUGCUUCCCUUUCUUUGUAUUCGAUUGUAUCCUUGGCUCACGGCCGCCUGAUAAUACCAAGAACGUACAAAUCUACAUAUGUCCUUUCUCUGCCUUAAUAUUAAAAGCAUAGUGGAGUAUUUAGGAAGCCUAUUUCGCAGUCAAAAGCCUUGUUUUUUGUAUGUUACGUUUCAGCAGGCUUUUCUUUAAGCAUGCUCCUCGCCGAGAUUUCAUUCCCUCUAAAAAUGCCUUUGUUGCUGAAUAAAGUUGUGGCACAAAAAUCAAAGUUAACGUUGGAGUUUUUUGAAGAUUUUUUUAAUGAUUUGCCAAACAAACAAUGGUUGCGUCGUGCAGGAGUAUUUUCCUUCUCCUCUGCCCCCUCCCCUCAGUCCUAUAUUAUAAACGUACCCGUCGUCCUCUCCCUUAAAAUUAGUCUUUUGCUCGCCCUAAAUAACUGUCUAAUGAGAAAAACUUGAGAAAGUGGCCAGUUUGAAAAAAUAUAUAUUUUCUCUGCCUUCCUUUACAUCAAUAAAACACUGACUUCUCUUAGCUCUUGAACUGUUUGGUUCUUUGGUUCAAAAACGGAAGCUGUAGGGCAUUUAGCCUAACUUGAAUCCACACCCCUUCCCCCUGGGGCAGUGUUUUCACGGCAACGCUUUGCAGUUUUCCUUCUACAAUUUUCACAUCACAAAUCAUACUUGACUCAUCUAAUUUCCCCCGGCCGGACACCUUGAUCUUUUCAGUGGCAGUGAAUGUGGGCGAAAGGCAAUUUAAGCGGGCUGUUUGAUAAGCCGUUCCUGAUCCCCACUAACUAUGCCCUAUACUCUACAAAACGGAUAUGAGAUAGCCAGACUUGCUCCUUACUUUUUUCCUUCAUUCCUUUUUUUAAAUUUUAACUUAAUAAAAGGCGGAUACCUUUCUAAGGCGGACCACUCCUCUUCCACCUUAGGGCUGAACAGGCAACAACAAGACAGAGUUGACUGCUCGACAAGAAAAUCGUUUACAGUCAGGACGACCAACAAUUCAUAAAACAUGAGAAAGAUGUUAGGAUGGCUUGUAACGAACCAGAAUCAACUGGAAUGUCCGACCCUGAUCUAAUCAGCUGUCGAGCUUUCUUUUGAAUCUCCUGUUUGUUGGACUAGUACACCCAGUCUUCAUAGAAACUGUCACGUUGCCUUGAUUACUGGUUCUUUUUCGAAACAGUUUAUAAAUUGAACACUUUAAGAUCCUUAAACAUCAGGGCCCAGUUGUUCGAAGGCCGAUUAGCGCUAACCCAGGGUUAUAUUUUAACCUGGGUCUCUUUUUCUUUCAGUUCAAAAGCAUUUUCCCGGAUAAUUUUCUCUAUUCUUUUUAGAGCAUCCAAUCAUCAAAUUGUAGGCAAAAAGAAUAAAACUGAAUUUGCUUUUUAAGCUUUCAUAUCUGAAUUCAAAUUUCGCACUAACCCUGGGUUUGAACAACCCGGCUCAGAGUGCCUAUUCCCUACACUGAGAGAAGUUGUUUAAAUAUCGCUACGUUUUAAACUUGGUGAUUUCCGUAAAAUCAUCUAUUAAGCUCCCUCCCUCUAACAAGCAACCCCCCCCCCCACCUUUUCAGGGGAAGAGAAUUAAUAAGCCACCCCUGUCUAUUAGCCCCCCCUCCCCUAUCUUGAUUAUUUUUCACUGAUAGGUGAUCGACUAUAAAACUUCGUGUGGACUGAUCCGGGAUGGUUUAUUUACCUCCCGGAAGUUCGGAUUUGAUUCUAAUCCUCGGCUGCGUGACCUCCAACUUCUUAUACUUGAGCUUUUCCACUUUGUAUUCUAGUUCUUUAUGGGGAACUGAUAUCAUCGUCUGUUCUAAAUUAAAUAAGCCUCCCGUCUCUGUUAAAGCCCCCCCCCCUCAAAUGGGGUUGAAACUAAUAAGCCCCGGGGGGGGGGGUUAAUAGAGGAUUUACGGUAUUCGCUUAAAAUUCUUAUGAUCUUUGUAUUUGGUUUAGCGGUUGCAUUAUACACACCCUCUCCCCUGGCUUUUCAUCACUGAUUGGGGUCACCUUUAUACUUCAAAGGAUUAGAUUUGAAGUGUGGAUACUAUCUUCCUUCCGGAUUUACGCUUAAGUUAAGUUUAUUGUCUUUCUAAUGGUGUUUAAUUUCAGUUCGAUACCCAUAAAUUUUCUAUUUCGUUUUCCACAGUUCCCGUCUUGCCAGUGGCGCUAACAGUAGGUCUUGGUUUACUAUCAGUUAUUUUGCUCGUCACUCUAUUCCUAAUCAGAAAACGACGCAAGGCUGAUAAAUACAAACAGUAUUCCCAAAUAGCCAAAACCGCUGUCCAACCGCCACAAUUCGCCGUCCGAUCAAUCCAGCAACGUUUAGGGACGACUAAAAAGUCAGGUUUCAACAGUCAUACAGCAUCAAGUAAAGUAACUUCUUCAGAGGAAUCGCUAUCACCCAUGUCAAGCGCCGAGGACAUGUUCUUUGAUGCUCAAGAAGGGCUGGAAACUCGAACAUCACGUUCGGUUUCCAGUCGUGAGCCGAGCCCAGCACCCGAAGAAAAGGACAGCGAAGAAAAUGAAAUUUACCCCUUGGAGAAUAUUGGGCGAAUUUGGUUCAAUCUCGAAUAUGACGCGUCAGCUGAGAGUUUAGCGGUAACUCUGGUUAAGGCAAGAAAUCUUUCGUGCCGCGAUAAAGCCCUGAAAACGUGCGACCCAUUUGUUAAACUGCAUAUUUUGUGCCCCGAAGAGAAGAACGUGGCACAGAGUAAAUGCAAAAGAAAAACUCGUCGACCAAACUUUGAUGAAAUGUUCUAUUUUAAUCUUCCUCUUUCGGAGCUUCAGAGGUGUACACUUCGUUUGUCAAUAUAUGACGGGUUUAGAGCAAGCCAACAAUAUAUUGUUGGGGAAGUGUUGUUUCCGUUGAUUGACUUGGAUAGAAACAAAAAAAUGCAGCUGUGGAGAGAUCUACAAGCCACAGAGGAGGUAAGGCAUUUCGCGGCAAAACAUUUUAAUCUCUUAAACACCAGAAGUGAGUUACGACCUUAUCACUCAUAUAAAUUUUAAUCUCCGAAUAACAUAGAGAAGACCAAUGCGUUGACAAUGGGGAAGCUCUUAUGCCAAAACAAAAAGGUCAUUUCUCAAGAAUUUAAUACAUAAUUUUACACUAUUUUGUACCCACAUCAAAUUACAUUUCGUCAAUCCUAUAAUGUAACAGUGGUAUUUUCUGGACCCUGUAAUAAUAUCUAGUCUUUACUAAACAUGCAAUGGUUGUUUGACUAUAAACCAAGGGAAGUCCAUUGAACACUAUCACUUUCUGACAUCUGUUUGAAAUGUUCUUGACCUCAAAAAUUCUGCACAUAUCCAGUAUGCUUGAAAUUGUUGUGUAGAUUACGAAAUAUCUGUUAUUCACCACUACUCAAAUUCAUGCUUCAUUUGCCUACAAUUAACUAGCCGGGCUAUCUUAAUCAACGAAUUUAUUUAGACUCUCAACCAAUCCAUUCGGACAAAAUAAACCAGAAGUGUUUAUACGAUAUCGUUCAAACAGAGACGAUUGUUUGAAACUGAUAAGGUAUAAUGACAUAAGCUAUAAUCAUAUUAGCGUGUUGAAAAGGGCAAGGCGUUCCCUGUCAGUAUAAUAAGCUAAAAACACUUCCAGAAAACACAGGACGAGACGACAGUACACGUAGUGUUUCCUUUUCUAACCUUUUCUCACAGGUUUGCUUUGGCAUGAAACUCUUCGAAACCAAUACUAAGGGAAGGAAAACAUGCCCUGAUUGGUCAAUUUAAAGGCGGGAACAUAAAUAGAUGGAGUGGGAAGCAGUCUUGCGCGUGAAGGCGGAUCUUCCGUAAAAGAUCCCUGAUUAUUUUGGGCGAUCAUCUAGAAAGAACGGGAAUUUCUGCACCUCUUUUUAGUUCUACAUUUAUCUAUGUUCACUUUUUUGUUUUCCCCAUCUUGUUUUUCAUCUUGUUAUUUUCAUUUCAUUUAGUUUGAUUAUUUUUGUGUUUGCUUUCUGUGAUUGAAAUAGAAUCAGUCUGAACUUGGGGAGAUCCACCUCUCAAUGUCAUACUACCCCACCCUGGACAGACUCACAAUUAUUGUUCUCAGAGCAGCAAACCUUAAGAAAAUGGAGCCUCAUGGUACAGGUGACGACACAAGCUUCAUUUGUGGCUAGGGAAGGCCGUUUAUGAGAAUACCAUAGUAUACUAUGUGCCCUUUAGGGUAGCAAUCUAUGUAAACCUCACUUUUGUUCUUGCACGUGCUUUGCUACGGUACUUUGUAUACCCUGCUUCCACCUCGUUUUUCUUGUCUUCCUCCUUUUAACGCUUUUUCGAUUGCGAAAUAUUAAGCAUUUUUGUGUAUUUUCCCCAUUUUUCCCCUUUCUCACCCCAUCCUCCUAGAACUCACAUCUCCCACCCGGCUUCUCCCUUUCUCCAGCUGCCCCUCUCGCGCCUUAUUAGGGAGCGAAAACAUCACUUAAAAAGUGUAUUCGCGAUGCUUCAAACUUCGUUGCGCUCAUUCCAUCUCGUUCAUUUCGUCAAAUGUUGGCGAAUUUUUCGUGAGUUGAAUUCUAAAGGACUGCUGUAUCAAAGUUAAGGAAAAGAAAAAGAGGGUCGUUGUCUUGUGUUCUCGUCCUCCGCAAAACGUGAAAUUUAGGAAGUUUCACGUUGUAGUCUUACAGUGACGACAAAGAAGUGUACAAAAAAGCGUGAUGCCUGUACAAAGUUGUUGUUUUGCUUAAUAAACCUAUUGCUUUUUUGCCGUUCUCGUUGCCGCCGCUGUGGACGCUGUGUUAACUCCCUAGGUAAUCUCCCGGGCUCCCACCCCCGGGUCCUCCCUCCCACACAUCCAUGAGCUUCUCAAAAGUCUACAUACCCAGUUACGCAGUUACAUACAUUGCACUUUCGCUUCUGUUUUUUUCGGUUCAAAGGCUGCCCCCAAUUUACUUGAAAUUCUUUAAUCAGAUCACAGGAAAAGCUACGUUCUAAUGCAAGUAACCUACUUUAAGUCAUAAUACAACUGUGCUAUUCUAACAAAGAAAACCGGAAUUAUUACAAAGCUGAGCUUGCGCAAGGAAGAGUAUUAUGGCAUUUUUCUAAAUGGGUUAAGAGAUUGACGCGCGCCAUAGUUAAGAUCAACACGGCUGAAACCAAGAAAGGGAUGGCCCAUUACCCUCUUUCGCUGGAACGGAUGCCUUUGCACUGAAAACCUCUAAAAUCAUCUGGGAAGGAAUUCGAAUAGUCUUGUUUAGCUGCGUAGCCGAGAGUUUUAAGGGAGCGCUACGAAGGAAAAUUAUUGUCGAAACUUUGUCGAAACUUCGCCCUUCCGCUGCUGGCGACUCUUCCCGUUCAUGUGCUUUGUUUUAAAAAGCAAUAAGCCACAUUUUGCUUACCCCUAACCCCUACGCUUAAGAGAUGUGCCUCCGCCCGAACCCCAGGAUCGGCGAUCAAGCAGUUUGCCCUUAAGGUGAUGUUACAUGGGACGAUUCGCAACGACGAUUUUUAGCGCAACACCGCUUGCAAUAUUGGAACAAUGUUGUAACCAUUCGAAACAAUGUCGCAACAAUGUUGCGACGCUGUGUUGAGCUAAAAAUCGUCGUUGCGAAUCGUCUCGUGUAACAUCACCUUUAAGGCCUCCUAAGAGGAAGGACAUUAAUCCUGUUUUCAGCCUCUGAUUAUGUGUUUUCUCCUGGUUUUGUUUCAGACUCAUACGCUACAGUGACGUUUUCAGUUGGAAACAAGAUAAUUAAGACAAAGAAGGGCUCAGUACACCACACAACGAGAGAUCCUCUCUACAAUGAAUCUUUCAACUUCACGGCGUCGGGAGAUGAUCUGGGAACUGGUACCUUAUUAGUGUCAAUCAUGCACUCUAGGGGAGGGGGGAAGGAAGACAAAUUGAUCGGCAGGGUGCUACUAGGGGGGAUGAUGUACGCGAGGGGGACGGAAUGCGAACAUUGGACCGAGAUGAUGACGAAUCCACGAAGUAUGAUAAAAUAUUGGCACACCUUAACAAGGUAACUGGUGACGGAAUUUAACAAUAGUCAAAUGCAAAUGUAAGACUGGUCAGGCACAGAGGCAAAUAUGCCGGGUAGCGUGAUUUCCUGUAAACAUUACGAUAUCUCGAUUUGAUGACCAUAAAGCAGGAAGGGAAACAGAUAUAUAUUUAAAUGUGCUAACCAUGUAAUCAUCUUAUUUUUCUUAUUUAGAUACGUUUUCGCCUAGGAAGUUUCUUUUGAGGUUCUUAAUAGUCACACCUAAUGAUUCUCUAAGUGCCGAAAGAGGCUAGGCCCUACCUAGUCGUGCAUUAUUUCAGAAAGAGAGAGAUUUGCCGUGUCUAGUCUAAAAAUUGUAUAAGAAUCAGCUCUUUGAGAUUAACUAUGCAGGUGAACACGAAUCAGCGAGUUAAUCGGGCUGAGGUUUGUUUCCUAACUGAUGUCAUUAGCUAGAAACACAGUACAUGUCUCUGCAACCGGAAAGUUUUUAAGGAAUUUCCCAGCGAAACCUCAUCCAAAUAGGAGAAAAGGUUUAACGGCCUGUUUACAUGGAGGUGGGUUUUUGUGGCGGGUCACCCCACCUAUCAUGUAAACGUGAUCAAAUUAAGAUGAGAGAUUAUAUGGACAAGCGGGUUACCCCACCUAAGCGGGUUACCUCACCUACCUGGGGUCCCCGACCUCCAUGUAAGCAGGCCCUGAGUCAGGUAUCUGUUUAGCUUCGAUCAAGCGCAGGCUUCCUACGAGCACUGUGAGUUCCACUGUGUUCUUAGCUUUUCAAAGAAGACCGUGAUGAUUAUAGGUUUAGCCUGCGCAUUUUCAAAGUAACUUGUAGACGCUUUUAACAUUGGUACCUGCAGUAACAUGCAGAGAGUACCCCCUCCCCUACUGGGCCCCCUUUUGAGGACAUUAACCUUCACCCCGCCUCGAAGAUAUUCCCCCACUCCCCUCUUAGAAUAUGAACAAGUUCUGCAAAUAUUUGCAUGUAUAUUUUUGUGUUCAUUGUAUUUGUAUUUUUAUUGUGGAGCUUAAGUUAAAAUGUAAAAUUUAUUUACACUGAAGGUUUAUGCUGGAGUUCUAAGUGAAUAUACAAGAAGAGAAAUAAAAAAAACAUAUUUUCAACUGAUAUCUGAUAUUACUAAAAGACAGGACAUCAAUUUAUUCCUUAAGGUAAGCUGAGCAAACCCCUUGAACAUUGGAUUUUCAGCAAAUACGUUCCUAAAAACGUGAAAAUAUCGACUGACCCACUUCAAACCCAAACUUGAUGAACAAAUAAAUUGGUGAGAAUGGAAUACGCUAGACCCUACCCUGCGAGUAGAGCCUCCUUCUUGAUAGUCGAGGACGGAAAAAGAAGACUCUGCGUAAAUCGCGUCAAGACUUUGAAGUCACCGAAGCCCGAAUUUCUUGACGAGUCAAUCUUGUUUCCUCUCGGCAGAUUGGUUUACCAAAAGUGAGCAUCCGUUUAUCAUGUUCAUUGAUAAACCGAUGCUCAUAACUGAGCCUGCUGUGCCAAACGCACUGCUCUUAGGCCUUGGCUCGAAACUGUAUCCUAGCAACAUGUAGCGCAUGUUCAACAAAGACCUUACUCGAUUCGUGCCGAAUCUUUCUCGAGCACGCCGAAAUCGAGGGGGAGCAAAACAGAGGCUCUGCUAGGGAGGACAGGGUGGCUAAACCCAUAAGAAGGUUGAAAAUGGGCAUUUGCACUAAGAGGUCAUGUGACAUUGUUUUUAUGAAAAUGAAAGUUAUAUGAUUUUGCCUUCGGAAAACGAUAUAGUGGGUAAUAUCUUAAACAAAAUAAUAGUGAUUUGGUUUUUCAAACCAGCACCAUUUUCUUAAAAUGAGUUAGUUCGUAGCUGGUCACGCGACCAAAAUGUGAUUUUUAAAAUUGUGAAUUACCUCUUUCUGAACACAAAUUUUGCACUGAAACUUCAAGUAAAAUGUUGAAAAGAUGAUGUGGUAACGUUUACAAUACACCUGAGCGUAACUAUCAAACGUUUAACAAGUUAUAAGCGAAAAGUAUGUUUUGGCCGCCAUGUUGGAGGGCAAGAGUAUGCCCUCUAACCUGGCGGCCAAUACAAAUCAUACUACUUUGUUGAAAAAUCAAAGUGCCAUAAAAUAUCUCCCUUAAAUGCGUUUCCUCUCAAAUUUCUGUCAAUUUUUGGCAUCAGCAAGAUUCCAUUUGUCACCUGGGGCCCGUUUCUCGAAAGUCUCGAUAAUUAACGGAACCGGUAAGCUGUCUCUGUUUACAUUAAAGAUUGAGGUUUCAAUAGUUUUGCAUCUAAAAUGAUAAAACUAACCGUUAAUGAAACAAAAUAGAGUAGUUUGCUAGCCAGGACCCGCGCUCUUAUUCUUUAUAUUUCGAUUUGAAUAUUUCGCUUUAAAUAGAUUUAAUUGUUGGCUUUUAUUAUAGGUUUUUUUUUUAAUUUAAUUUUUUAUAGUUUUGAAUACUUUUUGUUGUAGUUUUUAAUAGUUUCUCAUGCUUUAGUCACCUUUAACAUAAACUUAAUAUAACAAUAUUGUAAAGCGCAACCGAAUAUAUUCAUAUAGCGGUUUGCGCUACAUAAAUGUAAAUUAUUAUUAUUAUUAUUUGAUUUCGGGCCCGAAAAGUUACCGGGACUUUCGAGAAACGGGCCCCUGACCUCUUGGUGUAAGUGGCCUAUUGCCGCUUCUAAAUGAUAAGAAUGUUUUCACGAUCAUUGGUUCUAAGCAGACUAACUCUGGCGCAAAAAGAUUUAUAAUCUCAAUUGAUAAGACCAAAUUUUUGUUUUCCACUGCCCUAUUGACGCAGCACCUGAGAUUCUUUAGAAAAUAACAGCUUUAUUACCUCUGACAUGGCCCGAGGGCAAUCAAGCUGAUGUCUGGAAUAAAGCAACUAAAUCCCAAUCAAAUCUUGAGGAACAAUAAAAAGAAGGUAUCUAAGCCGAAGUUUCAAUAUCUCUUACAAUUAAGUGAUUUGGGGAGGCCAUAAAAGCGUCAUAUGUUCGGCUCCUUUGUUCAAUUAAAUUCAUUUAUAAUAAAUUCACACCCUAUUGUAAGUCUACGAAAACCUACUCAGGUCCAAGCACAGAUCGUUAAAAAUAAUUCGGUCUAAGACAGAAAUAACGGACAAAAAGUGGAAGAAUGAUACAACGGUCAUAAACAAUUGAUCCUGCAACUGUUCCGUAUUAGUGUGAAAGUCAAUAUAUUAAACGUAACCAUCAGUUUACAAUCAGUGUUAACGAAUGUUUCUGUUAAAUGAUUUAGAUGAAGGCAAAACCGCUCUUCUAUGUUUGACACUCUCCCUAAAUUCUGGCGGUGGUCAUUACAGUCUAUGAAACAACAAAAAUCAUUUGUACAGCAUAUAAAGUGUAAAGCUCAUAUUUUCGGAUUAACAGGUUGUUAAUAAAUUAACUUUAGCUUCAAGGCAUGGAGUGCUAUUUAAAUGAAGAAGGAAGAACAACUGAACACUUUAAAUUGCUAACAUUUUCUCAGAAACAGGUCAAUUAAACUGGCGCUAGAAUUUAAUGGUUUGUAGUAAAUUGAACAAUUAAAUAACUAAUCCAUGCGUACACUCACAAAAAGGUGACGGAAGGAAUUGAUUGUAAAACAUUUUUAAUUGUCGCUCAAAGCAUAAACACAAGUAAAUGAUUUACAAUUCGAAAGAAAACUUGGCAUAAAGUAUUUAAAAGUUCAGCUCGAUUAACGCGAAAGAGACCUGACGAUACUGAACGCAAAAAUGAUUUUUAAGAACAAUUCUGGUUUUGAAAAAGGCACAGAAGUUAUCGUUCGUAGAGCUUAUUAAAAAUCAGUCAACUAUCGUGUCGCUAAUUACUUUGGUAAACUUUGCGGAAAGCUUUUGUCCCAAGGGGACCUAACUAUGGUGGCAAACCGUAUUAACAUACGUUCAUUGCUGUAUUAUUGUUCUUAGAGUAGCCCUGUAAAGACGAGUUUGUGUAAACUCACAAAACAUAAACGGUGUUAUACUACAAACUUCAUGAAAAACAACGGAGUGCUUUAAAAUUAAAAUGAACAACGGCCAAAAGGGAAAAUCGUUCGAGAGAUGGGAUCGAGACGGAGUGGCCCAACACAGAAAUCUCAUGCACGAGAUCGCCAUGAAAAAACAAAUAACAAUGUACCAAAGGGAAGAAAAACUUCUAGCGAAAGAACUGCGAGAAAUUUCUAAAGUAAAGGAAACGCUAUUGCAGAUUCGAGCACCGCUUAGACGUAGGGUGCAAGCUGCAGAGUUAGAAGAAAAUCUCGAGAGCUUAGGAAAUGAAGGCCGGAAUUCACGAAAGUCCUCGGUUACUACGAGAAAGAUCAGCGUCGCUGCAAACACAAGCGCUCAGCAAAAAUGUACAAAGGACUUUGGAUCGGCCCACGGGGAAGGAACAAGUGGUAUCAAUCACAGAACAUUGACAACAUCAGUGCCAGAUGGAUAUGUUCCCUUAUCUUCCGUGCAAAAUACUCGCCAACGAAAAAUCAGUGUUUUAGAAAGAGGACAGCGUGGACUGGUAACAGGCAACAAGUUGGCCACGCAACGGAAAAUUUCGGCCCCUGCGUUUAUAGCCGGCAAAACACCGAUCUCAGAAAAAAGUGACAAAAGCGGAUUUUUGCCAGCGAUAAAAACGCCAAAACCUCCGAGGGAAGGAAGCCCUUCAUUGCAAAGAAUAUCGCCUAUACUUGACAGACCACUUAGUGCGCCUAAAACUGAAGAAGUAGUGGAAUGUCGCAAUCGAUCGCCGACCACAUUGACUCCGAUAGCACCAAGCAGGGUAGAUAUGGCUGUGCUACGAGCUAAGUCAGUACCAUGUGAUCUCCCCUCGCAUUAUGCCAAGACAUCAAAAAGUCGGCAGCGAGUCAUAUCAGAUACUGAUGAAGUUACAACGCUAACGAUGGAGGAAACUUUGCGUAUAAAAGGCAAAUUUCGACAAAUUGGGCAUUCUGUUAUUGCAGCAGCUCUUCUGAAGGGUUUAAAACAGAGUGGACAGCUUUCUUCGGAAGCGAUUCACAACAUGCACAAACCCAUAUCAUUUACGGGGGAGGAAAACGGGACAAAAACUGAUGAAAAUAAAGAUGUUGAAGCCGAGGCUAAAGAAGAUGGACAAGAGGAAGAGGAAGUAAAGCAAGGAUACAAUAAAAAGUCGUUCAGAUCUCUUGCUCGCAAAACAAUCAAUAUAAACAGGUUGAUAAACGCGAAGAGUAGCUCAAGAAUUAGAGGGCGUUCUCAGUCAGACCCGCCAAACACUUCAAACCCGAAAUCGUCUUUAAAUAAUCCAGCAGGAAUAACUUUAAACCAGGCUGCUGAAGCAGAAACAGCCAUUAACAAUUCUGCUCAUCCGAAAGAUUCAAGACCUAGUCAGGUUGGUGCUAGAAUUCGGCGAAUGGAUAGCGCCGGAGAGUUUCAACUUGACACAAACAGCUCGCGAGAAGACAAGGAAAGUGACAACAAUUUCCAAACUCAACAAAUGUACAGAAGGCAAAGCGCAGUGGCCGAUCCAUUCAGGCCUUUGAUGAAUCCACGAACUGCGCAUGCUCGUAGGAGAAAGAACACAUUUAGUGGGGAGCCAAUAGAGGUCUUUGAAAAAACCCAGAAUAACUCCUUGGAUACAGCGCCACAGGCCAACCAAGCCGAUACUCAAACUACGGGGAAUAAAACUGUUCGCUUUGCUGCGGAAGCAUGGAGUUAG